GCUUCUUGUCCAACACUUUCUAAAUAAUACUAUACAUUGUAUAUAGAAAUUCCGCAUUACUAUUUCCAUGCUCCGCGUGUUCGGUAAUUCGGUAUUUAGUUUUCUGCUUUCUGCAGUAGCGUCCAAGCGUUGAAUAAAAUAUACAAAAAUGUCUAAGAGAAAUAGAGUUGCAGAUAAUGAAGUAUCUGAUGAAGAAAUGGAAGAUAUAGAUAUGAAUGCAAUGGUAGAUUCGGAAGAAGAGUUAUCAGAUGGUGAAAGAAAGUUAUUAGAAAAAAUACGCCAAAAAAGGCAGAAAAGAAAUUAUGAUAGUGAGGAUGAAGUUAUGGGAUUUGAGGAUGAAGAUGCAGAUGAAGAUGAAGAUGAAAGAGACUCAAUGGCAUCCGAUAUUGAAGGUCUUGAAGAAAAAUUUGAUUUACCCAAUGAAAAAGCUUGGGGUAAAAGGAAACAGGCAUAUUAUUCUGCUGAUUAUGUCGAUCCAGAUUAUACUUCUGUUAGUCAAAAAGAUAUUGCUGAUGCUGAAAUGGAAGAACAGGAAGCUAGAAAUUUGCAAAAAAGAAUAGCUGAACAGCUUGAUGAAGCUGAUUUUGGUUUAGAUUUAGUAAUAUCAAGAAAAGAUGACACUGAUUUUGAUAAAGAUGGGGAACACAUUAAAACUGAUUUAAGUAAAUUAAGUAAAAGACAGAAACAAGAACUUCUAGAGAAAGAAAGUCCAGAAUUUGUACCUCUGGUAACUGACUUUUCAGAAAGAUUAACAGAAAUGAAGACUAUCUUAGGACCUUUUCUGAAUCUUGUAGAAAAUUCAAAUUGUCCAGAUUGUUUUGCAACUAAUUUUAUAAGAAAAAAGUAUGAUUUGCUUUUACACUAUUGUAUAAAUAUUUCUUUUUAUUUAAUGUUGAAAUCAAAGAGAGAAUCAGUUGCUUCCCAUCCUGUAAUAAAGAGAUUAGCGCAGUAUCGCCAAUUACUAUCACAGUUUGAGGAAUGUCAAGGAGAUCUUUUAGAUAAAGUUCAACUAAUUCUAGAAGCAAACAAAAAUGGAGAAUCUUUGUAUAGUUCAGUUGAAACAAAUACUGUAAAUAAAACUAUUAAAAAUAUCGAACUUGAAGUCAGUGGUAGUAAGAAAUAUAAAAAGAAGGUUGUAUUUGAAGAUUUUAAUUCUGAUGAAGAUUAUGAAGAAAUACCAAAAUCAGACUUCAAUCAUUUAGAAUAUGAUGAAGAAAAUAAGGAAACUAAAAAUGAUCUCGAAAAGAGAGGUAUAACAUAUCAAAUAGCCAAAAAUAGGGGUCUCACCCCACACAGGAAGAAGGAGCAACGCAAUCCUAGAGUUAAACACAGAAAUAAGUAUCGCAAAGCUAUUAUUCGUAGAAAAGGAGCUAUUCGACCAGUUAGAAAAGAAAUUACCAAAUAUGAUGGAGAAAUAUCUGGUAUCAAAGCUAGUGUUAAGAAGAGUAUUAAGCUUAAAUAAAUUUUACACUGUAAAUGAUUAUUCAAAAAUAAAAUACAUUAUUCAAGUAUUAUGUAAUAUAGGUUUUAUAUGUAAAUGUAAAAUGUAAAAUGUAAAAACUU